AUGUUACCGACAAAAUUCACUAUUCACGAAUUACUGUUCACGUGAUAGUAACUCCGCAAAAAAUUUGACCGAUCACCGUAACUCAAGCUCUGAUACCAGUUGUUAGGAAAUGCGCGGUCAAAUUUUGCGGAAACCCGAAUUUAUGGGAGCGGGAAAACACACAAUAUUGUUAACGGAGUUCGGCCAAUGUUGCCUACGUCUCCGGACCUGCUACAGAUCUUUUAUUAUCAACCCGGAAAAUUUUUACAAGCUCUCAACUCACACCCGAUCCCAAUACACUCAAGAAAUUACUCGUAAUUUCUUAAAGAAGUAUUUUUGUGAGAAAAAAAUAUUAUUAUUUUUUGUUUCUUGCACUCUCUCUUCUUCUUCGAUCUCUUGUUCUCUCUCACUUUGUUUUCUUGUUUUGGGAUGCUUCUUCUCUUCUACUUACGCUGAGUAUUUAUUGGGAUAUGUGAAAGCCACAAAGUCACAAUUAUUGACAAAAUGAAGUUCCUCUUUUGUUGACUUCUUUGCCAUCCCUCACUGUCAUUGCCGUCAUCACCGGCCGUGUUCUUUGACUUACAGUGAUGGUUAUGGAUACAGAGGCGGAGACGGUGGAUACGAAGAUGGUAGAUACAAAAGUGGAUACAAUGAUGGUGGAAGUGGUUACUCGAGAGGAAAAAACGGUGGUGGAUACAGUGAAGGUGAAAAAUGUGAGGGUUGGUUAUAUAUGGAUAUAUAAAAGAUGAAUACGGAGGUGGUUACUCAAAAGGAAGAGGUGGUGGUGGAUACAGUGGAGGUCGAAGAUGUGAAGAUGAAGAAUAUUGAGAUGGUGGCUGUGGUGGAAAAGGAACAGAGAAACAAACCCAAAAAAACUAUAAAAGUACAAUUAAAUUUAGAAAAAAAAUAAUGAGCAACGCAAUUGGACAUAUUCAUGUGUGGUUCACAAUGAAUCUGGAUAUCCUAUGAAAACAACUCUUAUUAAUUGCCUAACUAUCUACUACUUCCUCUGUUCCUAAAUAUAAGAUUUUUAGAUAGAAACACAUAUAUUAAGAAAACUACUUUUUGUCUAGAAAGUAUCAUUAAAACUAUAAAUUAAUGGUAUUCAACCAAUUACAAAAUAAAAUAUUAAAAUAUUAUUGGGUACACAGUUUUUAAUAAAGCAAAAAUUACCUAGAAAAAUGAAAACAUCUUAUAUAUUAGAACAUCAAAAUUCUGCAAAACAUCCUACUUUUAGGAACAGAGGAAGUAUAAUAAAAUAAUCAUUAAAAACCAACUUAAUGCCUUCCUUUCCAACUAGCUUUCUUCUCAUUGAAUUCCGUAAAAGACAUAUUGGUACAAAACACACUUUCGUUUCAUGAAUUGUGUCCACCAAGUAGAAAGUGUCUAUUUGUAAAGCAAAAGUAACAAAAGUGUCUCUUAUGGUAACUCACUCAUUAUUUUACUCCGACUUGUAAGAAACAUAUUCAUCAAUCCAUGAUCAUGGUGAAGUCUGCAACUAUAAUGUUUAUUUGGUCGUAUCUAAUUCAUUUGGACUCCCAAGUGGAAACAACAUACACCGAGAAAAUGAAAUAGAUCAUUGAUGAAACGGAACAACUCUCCAAACUUUUAUCAACAAGAGGAAUGGUGUUACUGAUACAAAAUUGUGUAAUAAGACAGAAAAGGAAGACAAAGCACCUUAGGCUAGACAACAGUCGCGGUGAAGAAGCGACAUCAAAUUGAAUAUGCUUUGAGCACGAGCUCAAUCGCGUUGAAACGAAUCGAAUUGCUCUCGUCCUAUUUAUUGUUGUCCAAAAAAGAAAAGAAAAGAAAAGACUUAUAAACAAAAAAAGCCACUUAAAUAACCGGAAUAGAUUAGUUCAAGUUACUAACCGGUUUUAUAAACCGUUAUUAUGAAUAACGCGGAAAAAAAGAAAACUAAAAGCUAUAAUUGAUUUAACUAAACCGGUUUGACUAAAAUAACUAAACCGGAAUUAGUAAAUGAUGUUGGGUUACAUACAUCGCCGACAUUUAGUAAGAUUUUUCUUCUUUUUUUUUUGAACAGAAUCGAAAUAAGAUUUUGAAGAACAUAAGCGCUGUUCUGUUCGUUUUAUCAACGCGGCGGCAUGCGACUGCGGCUCUAAAUUAUCGGUACAGUUAGGGCACACACAACAAAACAGAUUUGUUAUUCUGACGCGGCGGCAAAUAAAGUUCGGUAAAGAGAACACUGAUAAUAUCAGCGACAGCGGCAACACCGGUUUCUUGCCUCCCGAUUAUUAGCUUGCGGCUGACUGCGUCUUUAAAGCUCCGGAUUUUUUUCUUUGAUAGGGUAAUUGUUGGCCGCUGACGCCACUAGCGGCGUCUGUAAAACGAACAGGGGUAUAAUCGAUAUUUGAGUUCAGGUGGUGUUGUAUUCUAUGUGACGUAAGAAUAUCAACAAACUAGUGUGUGUGUGAGUAGACAAAUUGCUCCGUUCUGUUAAUUGAAAAACGGCACCACUUUGACCUACAUUGUUUACGUUGAGUUCGAUUUUAAGGUAUUACAAAAUCGGUUAAGAGGUUUUCUUCUUGAUUAGGUUUGGAAUUGGAUCACCAGUAAACCGGCAUCGGCUUGGACUCUAGUAAUAACGCGGGAAAAUGAAAAGAAAACAAAAGGCUAUAAUUGGUUGAACUAAACCGGAUCGCCGACAUUUAGUAAGAUUUUCCUUUUUUUUUUUUGGAACAACAGAAUCGAAAUAAGAUUUUCCGUAUUUUAUUACCGUUUACGUAGAAUCCAAUCCAUCACUAAUUUGUUGACUUAUAUAUAUACCGAGAGAGAGAGAGAGAUCAGAGUCCAUCGAUCACUUUGCUUUGUCCACACGCUAAACAAAACAAAAAAAUCACUCUCGCAAAGAUCUCUCUCGAGAAGAAUGGUGAAAGGUGGUACAAAGAGGAAGGCAACGAUGGAGAGGAUCACGAAACGCGAAUCUGCGGCAACGACUUUCACGAAACGAAGCUACGGUCUCCACAGCAAAGUCUCACAGCUCUGUCUUCUCACCGACGCACAGAUCGCCGUGUUGGCAACACCUCCUUCUUCCAACUCCAACGUCAGCUUCUUCUCCUUCGGUCACUCUUCGGUUGACUCCAUCGUUACCGCUUUUCUCACGGGAGAGAGACCUGCUGUCCGAGAAGAAAUAGAUGAUCACGAGGACCUUGGGAUUUGUCUCGCUAGAAAAGAGUUAGGGUUGCCUCAGUGGUGGGAGGACGAUGCUCUUCUCAAAUCUAAGAGCCCCCAAGAACUGUCCCUUGCCAUCAACUCCAUGUCUAGGUUGUUGUCAAAAAUCAAUGAGUUGCGUGCUCAAGACGCAGAGGCAGAGGCAGAGCCUCCUCUGAAGAAACAGAAGAAGAAAACAGAACCCACGGUGGAACAAACCCUAGUUCUCCGGUCCGGUUCCAGUGACAAAACCCUAGAUUACAACAACAACAACAAUGACUCGUUGGAGGAGAUUGAUUUUGAUCAACUAAUUGAUCUGGAUUUAGAUUUAGAUUUUGAUUUCGAGUCUAUGAAUUCUUCUGACAACAACGACGAGACGAUGAAGAUGACAGAGCCCUUGGAUCAACCGCUCCUUCUCCCAUACGAUAUUUGUGCCAGUCCAGACAACAACAACACCUAUUCAACUGGAGAGAUGAGCUUAGAUUACGGGAUUGAUAAGCAGCUUCAGGAGACUACUAUUGCAAUGAGCUCGGUGGCUUGUGAUGAUGGUGUCUCUGCUUUGAAUGAAGAUGACAUCAACUUCUCUGAUUUUCUCACUCAGUUUCUGCAGUCUUGAAGAUAACAACAGACAGUAUGGUUUAUUAGUUAACUUCUUUGUAACUUGUUUGUCUUAGUUACUUUUUAAUGUGUUCAUACUCUUCUGAUGUAACAAAUGAAGGGUCUUGUUUGAUCUCUCAUCAAUUUUCCAUAUUCGGUAUGGAAUUGAUCAGACUCAAACAGCUCACCUUCAGUUUUUUGAUUAAUUGUAGACUUUGUGUUCUG